AUGCGCGCCGCCGCCGCCGCCGUACAAGCGCUGCCGUCGUGCACGCGCCGCGGCCGUGCAAGCGCCGCCGUGCACGCGCCGCGGCUAAAUCCUAAGCCUAGGAAGAGUGAGAGAACAUUGGUUGAUGAGAUGGCUAGUCGGCUGAGGUUGCAGGGUGCCUCUGUCCCAGAAGGAGCUUUGUCUCUGGUGCAUUGGAAUCCAGUGCUGCUUCAGCGGCGUGUAUCUGAUUUGGAGGUGGCAAAUGUCGAUAUGGCUCAGCGGUAUUCUGAUCUUGAAGAAAAAUAUUCUCAAAGUCAAACUGAACUGGCCCGGGUUUCUGCUUCUUUGAAUGAUGCUAACAUGCUGAGCUCCACCCUCCGUGCUCAGCUCGACUCUAAAAAGGAAAAGCGUGCCCUCGCCACUUCUCAUGACAACCUUGAUAAGCUAUACCGCGAUGCCAGCAAUUCGUUGACCAUCUUGGAGAGGAGUCAUCGCUUCACCAGGGAGGAGUUGGAUAAUCAUCGUUAUAAGCUGCAAGAGUCCUUAGAUGAUGUGAUUCGCCUCAGGCAGUUGGUGACGACCAAAGAUACUAUCAUCAAGGAUCUGCGUGCUUCCAAGAAAUCAGUCGCCCAGGAGCUAGAAACUGCUCGGUUGGCGGUCAAGGCUGCUGAAGAGACUUCUGCUACUCUGAGGGCCCAGCGCGACAAAGCUAUGGAUAAAGCUAUUCGUGCGGGGCGGAUCCUGAUGAGGAGAACCGGCGUGGUUGUUCCUGACGACAUAGUGGCUGAUGUGAAUGCCGCUCCUGAUUCCUCGAGUCAUCCUUCUUCGUCAGUUGCUCCAGAGAAGAACAUUACUAAAUAG